GUAACGCUCAGACUGAAUGUUUACUACAUUGUGAAUAAUGAUAUAGCUAUAAUAGAAGAAAUAAAUUCAAAGGACCUAACUUUAAUUGUUAAUUAGUUUAAUUGAUUAAUGAACGAACAUAAUCGUGUAGAAAUUACUCAAUAUUCGUAAACAUGCCUCUGCCACGACAUCAUAGAAACCUUCGAAGAAAUCCUUGGUAUAGAGGAUAUAUGCCAUAUUCCUAUGUUCCUCCAUAUAGACUGGCAUCCUAUGGUUGUUCUGUGUGCCUGUUGGGUUUCGGAAUAGUUUUACUAAUUGGCGGAAUAAUACCAAUGAUCUUAAGUAAACAUGGUGAUGAAUUGUUUAAAGCGGAUGACGACCCCAGAUUUCAAGAUGACUUUUUUAAGAAAGGAAGAGAAGAUAAAGAUUCCCGUACUAAGAAAAUAACUGAUAUAGUUUAUAUAGUUGGUUUAGUUCUUACUUGUAUCGGUGCUGUAUUCAUUAUCUCUUCCUUUUUUAUAUGCAUUUUUGCAAAAUGUCACAUGAUUAAGCAAACUAGAAGACGCAAGAAUUUAGCUACUGCAACACCACUGAACAGACGACCUCCAUCUCCUGGAUAUUAUCCACACCAGCCACUCCCUUCAUCUGGAUAUUAUCCACCACAUCCAUCCCCUUCAUCUGGACAUUAUCCACAACAGCCAUCCCCUUCAUCUGGAUAUUAUCCACAACAACCACCACCUCCAUCUUAUUCAUAUCCUCAACAAUAUACCCUGGUGCCACAGCAACCUGUAGAUGCUUUCCAAUCUCAACAGACCGCUCCAACUAGUACUUAUCUGCAUCCAUCAACUGAACAAUCCGUCUGAAACAUAAAGAAAAUAAUACUGAAUUUAGGAUAAAUUCCGAAUUGCAGAUAUCUACUAUCGGUAAUUCAUCAACAGUUGAUUUCAAAGAGGAACAAAAUUAUACUUUCCGAAUUUCAAUUUUUAUAUAAUUUUUACAUGUAUUUGUGUAUAUAGUAUUUUACGAUUAUUAGCAAAUAUGAUACAUUUGAUAUAAAGAUUAUAUAUUAAAAAUAUUUUUUAUACGCGAAGAAAAUUUAUUUACUUAUCUCACGGAUAAGUAAAUAAAUUAGUUUUGAAUUAACAAUUUUUCGUUUCGAUGCAAUUUUAUCCUUAGAAACAUAAAAUUAAUUAAGUGAUUAAAAUAAAAUUGCUCUAUUGAAAACGCCCUUGAACUUUAACCUAUCGACCCGGAAGUUUUGUCAGUAUCUCGCUGAUAACGAGAGAGGCCUAAAUAUAAAAUUUGAGCUUUCUAGAUCCAAUAAUUUUUCUCUAGAAACGUCUCCAAUGCCGGAAGAAAAGAAGAAAAUGCAGCUUUUUGGAGAUUUUUGCACUUUUUGAAUGCUUAUAUUUUGGCAACCCUUUUAUAGAAAAAUCUGAAAUUUUACAAACCAUUUAAGAAAUUAACUAUCUUUCGAACGAGAUAUUCAGAUUUACUAUAGGCGUUUGGGGGACGGAGAAACCGACCCCCGAAAAUCGGCAACUCUGAUUUCUGUAUAUAUAGUCAGUCUCUUUACUUGGCGCGGAGCCACUGCCAUGACUUUCGAUUAAUAAAAGAGCCAUUCGCAGGACAAAUCGAUUAAAGUCCAUUAGUAAAUCAAAUUUAGUUUAAAAGGAAUUUUAAAAAAUAAUGUAUAAUAUUAAUUUCUGUACAUUUUGUUUUGUAAAGUUAAUAAUUAUUAUGGUUGUUGAAGUACUGAAUAUAAAUAGUGUUAUGUCGCCCCACACCAUCGUUCCAAUUAUACGCGACGGAGCUUGCCUCUUUAGAGCAAUAUCCUUUGUUUUGUAUGAUACUUAAGUCAUGGCCGAAGAAGUACGUGCAGAAAUAGUGGCUUACGUGAUGAUUCACUGGGAUGAUUUUUCGAUUAUGUCAAAUGAUAGUAAUGGAAAUAAUUAUAGCAGUUCUGUCAAAUACUUCGACGAUAUGUCGCGAUUUCAUACUUAUGGAGGUUUAUGCGAGUUAGCAGCAGCCGGACAAAUAUUUCUGUUAAC